AUGGAAUUCCACUCCUCGGAGCCGGCUACAGAGCCAGUCCGAUUCCGCACUGGCAAAAAACGAAAAGCCUAUCGCCAACGCGUCCAGCAAGAUGACGCCUCUGUCGCAGAAACAAUACAAUCGCAUCCCACUGCGUCUGCCUCAGAACCCAGUCAUGAACUCUCCCGAAACGCUUCACCAGAUCGCGCCCAAGAUGAAGAAGAAUCUGUUGUUGCUGCACUCAAGCUGCGCAAUGCGCGAAGAGCCCGACUUGGAGGUGUCGCAUUUCGAAACACAAACCGACCAGACGACGAUAUGAACAACGAGCGUGCUCUCAUUCCACACGACGCAGAUGGUACUUCGAAUAACGAACCCACCGUGAAAGGAGUUGCAGAUAGAUUUACUCACCAGACGGGCAGACUUACAGAUCUUAAUGACAAGCAUAUGAUGGAUUACAUAGAAUCCCGAUUAUAUAAUCGCGCGGGCGGAAAUACCUCACACAACACUUUAUCAGCGUCUACAUCAGACCCGGCUCGGCAACCUUCUGCAACAACAACAACAACAACAACAAACCAUGAGAGUGGACGGGCAGUAAUGCAGGGCCAGUUAGUGGAGAUCAGUCUCGAAGACCACUCUGCUCGAGGUAAGAACCCUGUUCAGGCAGAUAGUGCUACAGAUGGCGGACCAAGAGCCAAGAAGCCUAGACUUAGAAAGGAUGGCACGCCAUGGCGUCCGCGAAACCGUCGAGAUAGUGACGCCCUCAAGCGAGAUCAGAUCGUUGACGAGAUUCUCCAUGAAACAAGACGUAUGUCCCUGAUGUCCAUGUUCCUCGAAUUAGCUACUAAAUCAUUGUUCCUAGUCGACUUAUACGAACCGACUCCAGGACAAGACAGCCACACUGCAGUUGCCGAUCAGGAUGGUGCCGCUGAUGCGCGGCUCGCCGAAGAGUUCCGGCAGCAAUUCCUUGAGGACGUAGCAGAACGACAGCUUCGCAAAAAGAAGGCAACGAACCAAACAACGCGCCCCGGUACCGAGGAAGUACUCAAAGGCCCCAAACUCGGUGGCAGCCGUAACGCUAGAGCUCAGAUGAGAGAUCUUUUGUUGAAGAAAGAGAAGGAAGGAAAGAAAUAG